AUGAGCAAUUCUUACGGUUGCUUCGAUGCUGCGUGCCUGUCACCGACAGUCGGGGUUGCUGCGGAAACCUUCGCCUCAGCGCUGCAAUUUAUUGCUGCAACACAAUGUGUUUUGGCAGAUGUACCACAAAUACCAGAAGCUAAAGUCUGUGAAAAAGAAACCUUUGACUUUAUAAUAGUCGGAGCUGGGACAGCUGGUUGCGUAGUAGCAAGCAGACUUAGUGAAAUUACUAAGUGGAAAAUACUACUACUGGAAGCUGGUGGGGAUCCCCCUGUGGAAAGCUACAUCCCAGGAUCAACUAAAAGCAUGUAUGCCACCGAAUACGAUUGGAAUUAUUACGGUAUUGAUAAUGGAAGAUCAAGUAGUGGACUUAUAAAUAGUUCUAUAUAUCUGCCAAGAGGCAAAAUGUUAGGCGGUAGUUCUAAUUUAGGCGGCAUGGUUUAUAUAAGGGGAAAUAGACACGAUUUUGACAAGUGGAAUGAGUUGGGCAACGAAGACUGGAAUGCAGAUAUUGCUUACGAGUAUUUCAAAAAAGUAGAAAGUUUGCAAGAUGAACAAUUAUUGAAUUACGCCGCAGUGAAUGCCUAUUACGGACACGAUGGACCUCUAGUCCUCAGUAAUUUCAAUAACACUUACGAUAUUUAUAAUGAUGAACUAUUAGCUGCGUGGGAAGAGAUAGGCAUCAAAACUGUAGCUGACGUUAAUACAGCUGGGUUCGGAGCAUCUCCCAGGAUGGUUACAGCGUCCAAGGGUUAUCGAAAUAGCGCUGUUACAGCGUACCUUACUCCUGAUGUAGUAAGCCGGCCAAAUUUAAAAAUAUUAAAACAUGCACUGUGUACAAAAAUUUUGGUGACUCCAAAAACAGGACGGGCAUAUGGUGUUAAAGUAGAUCACAAUGGCCGUAGUAGGACAUUCUUCGCAAAACGUGAAGUUAUUAUUAGUGCAGGAGCAAUAAAUUCUGCUCAGUUAUAAUUGUUAUCUGGAAUAGGACCCAAGAAAAAACUAAAAGCCCUAAAUAUUAAGUCCAUUAUCGAUUCACCUGCAGUAGGACGAAAUAUGGAAGAUCACAUCACCGUCAACAUUCCCAUUUUUGCAGAUUAUCCAGGUGAAUUAAACGAAGCUGAAAACUAUUUUCAAACUAUGAGAUAUUUAUAUGAUAGGUCCGGAACCCUUGCACAAGGCGGACUUUUAAACCUUGUGUCCCUAUUGCCUGAUUUUGAAAAUGGAACCUAUCCAGAAAUAGAACUUUUUGGAUCACUUCAUUGGAAAAAUUCAUUAUCAUUGCGUAAUGGUCUGGCUUCACAGUAUAAAUAUAAGAAACAAAUUUUAGAUUCUUUCGUAAAACCCAAUGAACAACAUGCAUUAUACAUAUUUACAGUAAUGUCGUUACAUGCAAUAUCAAAAGGUUUAGUGACUUUAAGAUCUAAUAACCCUAAAGAUGCGCCAAUAAUCAAUCCAAAUUUCUUUGACGAACCCGAGGAUUUGGAAACCCUCGUUCGUGGAAUACAGAAAGCUAUUGAAAUUGUUAAUACAAAACACUUUAAAUCUAUAAAUGCGUUUAUAGGAAGAAUCAAUUGGCCAGAUUGUGAAGGUUAUGAGUUAACUAGUGACGAAUAUUGGAGAUGUAUCACAUUAAACAUCGGUGUUUCCGACUACCACAAUGUAGGUACUUGUAGAAUGGGACCAAAUCCCGAAACAUCCGUGGUGACAAGCAAUUUGAUAGUUCAUGGAACUACAAAUCUUCGUGUGGUUGAUGCUAGUAUUAUGCCUUAUCAAUUGAGCGCAAAUCCUAUGGCAGGAGUAUACAUGAUAGCAGAAAGAAUUUGCGAUUUGA